AUGGCCGCCCGCUACCUCCGCGCCGCCCCGGCGCUGAGCCGCUUGGCCCGCUGCCCCCUCCCUGCCGCCUCCGUGGGGCAGCGCCGACACUAUGCUGACAAGCGGAUCAAGGUGGCCAACCCGGUGGUGGAGAUGGACGGAGACGAGAUGACGCGGAUUAUCUGGACCUUCAUCAAGGAGAAGCUCAUCCUGCCCAACGUGGACAUCCAGCUGAAGUAUUUUGACCUGGGCCUGCCACACCGGGAUAAGACAGAUGAUCAGGUCACCAUUGACUCGGCGCUGGCCACCCAGAAGUACAGCGUGGCCGUGAAGUGUGCCACCAUCACGCCGGAUGAAGCCAGGGUGGAAGAGUUCAAGCUGAAGAAGAUGUGGAAGAGCCCCAAUGGCACCAUCCGAAACAUCCUGGGGGGGACGGUCUUCCGAGAGCCCAUCAUCUGCAAGAACAUCCCCCGCCUGGUGCCCGGCUGGACCAAGCCCAUCACCAUUGGCAGGCAUGCCCAUGGCGACCAGUACAAAGCCACUGACUUUGUGGUGGGCAAGUCCGGGACGUUCAAGAUGGUCUUCACACCGAAGGACGGCAGCGGGGCCAAGGAGUGGGAGGUGUACAACUUCCCUGGCGGCGGCGUGGGCAUGGGCAUGUACAACACGGACGAGUCCAUCUCGGGCUUCGCUCACAGCUGCUUCCAGUAUGCCAUCCAGAAGAAGUGGCCUCUCUACAUGAGCACCAAGAACACCAUCCUCAAGGCCUACGACGGGCGCUUCAAAGACAUCUUCCAGGAGAUCUUUGAUAAGCACUAUAAGACAGAGUUCGACAAGCUGAAGAUCUGGUACGAGCACCGGCUUAUCGACGACAUGGUUGCCCAGGUGCUGAAGUCCUCCGGAGGAUUUGUCUGGGCGUGCAAGAACUACGACGGGGAUGUCCAAUCAGACAUCCUGGCCCAAGGCUUUGGCUCACUGGGGCUGAUGACCUCUGUCCUGGUGUGUCCGGAUGGGAAGACCAUUGAGGCCGAGGCAGCCCAUGGCACUGUCACCCGCCACUACCGGGAGCACCAGAAGGGGCGACCCACCAGCACGAACCCCAUCGCCAGCAUCUUUGCCUGGACGCGUGGCCUGGAGCACCGGGGCAAGCUGGACAGUAACCCGGACCUGAUCAAGUUUGCUCAGACGCUGGAGAAGGUCUGCGUCGAAACCGUGGAGAGCGGGACGAUGACGAAGGACCUCGCCGGCUGCAUCCACGGUCUCGCCAAUGUGAAGCUCAACGAGCACUUUGUGAACACCACCGACUUCCUGGACGCCAUCAAGAACAACCUGGACAAGGCCCUGGGCAAGCAGUAGGGGGGCAAGGGGGGCCGCCCA